AUGAAGCUUCUAAACUCUGUCGCUAUUCUAGCGACGAGCGCAUCUGCGUUCACCAGCUGGAGGGCGCCAGUCGUUCCUCAACAGCCAUCCGCCGAGUUGCCCCCUAACGGCUACACUUAUUCUUCUUCUGGCCCGAAAGCCAACUCUACCUACGAGUACAUUGUCGUAGGAAGCGGUCCUGGAGGAGCGCCGCUUGCUGCUCGCUUGGCUUUGGCCGGCCACAGUGUGCUGCUUAUCGAUGCCGGCGAGGACCACGGAGCCGAUCCAGUCGUUCAGGUCCCAGCUGUGCAUCCCUUCAGCAGUGACCAUGUCCCCAUUGCGUGGAGUUUCUUUGUCGACCACUAUGCGAACGACACCCAGGCGCGCCGGGACACUAAGAUGACCUACUUGACGCCAGAGGGUGACUAUUAUGUCGGACUUGACCCCCCGGCAGGCUCCGUCAAGAAGGGCAUUCUAUACCCGCGUACCGGCGCCCUGGGAGGCUGCUCUCAGCAUAAUGCCUUGGUGACUAUCAAGCCUACCAGAAAGGACUGGAGCUACAUCGCCUCCAUCACUGGCGACGACUCCUGGGCUCCGGAUGUGAUGGACAGGUACUUCGAAAAGCUCGAGGCUGCCCGUUACCUGCCCAGCAGCGUUGUCGGUCACGGUCUCAACGGGUGGCUGCAGACCCGUGUCACUCCGGUGACGCUGAUCGCCGAGGAUCUCAAGGUCGCUUCUUUGGUCGUUGCUGCUGCCACUUCCAUGGGUAAAUCACUGGUUGGAAAGCUUUUGGGCACUGUAACUGGCCUGCUGGAGAUCCUGACUCUGGACAUCAACAACCCUUCGCCCGAGCGAGACAACGCCGAGCUCAUCUACCAGAUUCCUCUUUCCAUGGACGAGAACUACUCACGAAGCUCCCCUCGUGGAUUUGUACUCGAUGUUGCCCGCGCCACUAACAAGGACGGAUCGAAGAAGUACAAGCUUGACAUCGCUCUGAACACCCUCGUCACCAAGGUCAACUUUGACACCACCGGCUCCAAGCCCAAAGCUACUGGCGUUGACUAUCUGGUCGGAAAGAGCUUGUACCGCGCUGACCCCCGCGCAACAAACGACGACAACGGAAUUCCCGGUACCGUUUUUGCCAGCCGUGAGGUCAUCGUGUCCGGUGGUGCCUUCAACACGCCGCAGAUCCUGAAGCUGAGCGGCGUCGGCCCCGCUGAGGAGCUGAAGUCAUUUGGCAUCCCCGUGGUGAAGGAUCUCCCUGGUGUUGGCGGUAACAUGCAGGACCGUUAUGAGGUCGGUAUUGUCGGCAAGGCCCCGACAGAGUUCGCCCUUCUCAAGAAGUGCAAGUUCCUGAACGGCACUGACCCCUGCUAUAACGACUGGAAGAACAACAUUGGAGGACCCCUCAAGGGCAGUUACACUACCAACGGUAUCGCUUUCGGCUACAUCAAGCACUCUUCCGUGGCUGAAGACGAGCCUGAUCUGUUCCUCGGUGGCGUUCCUGCGUACUUCAACGGCUACUUCCCCAGCUACUCCCUUCACGCCACGCAAGAUCUGAGUAUCUGGACCUGGUUGACUCUCAAGGCCCGCUCUCGCAACAAUGCUGGGACCGUGAACCUCACCAGUGCCAACCCCCGCGACACCCCCAAGAUCACCUUCCACAGUCUUGGCGAGGGUAUAGGUGGAGACAAGGAUCUUCAGGCCGUUUACGAGGGCAUGAAGUACGGCAUUCAGGCUUUCAAGAACCUCAUUCCCCUCGAUGGCAGCUUCGAACGGAUCUGGCCGCCUGCCGAGAUGACUUCGGAGGAGGACCUGAAGCAGUUCGCCCGCGAUGAGGCAUGGGGUCACCACGCCUCCUGCACCGCUCCUAUCGGCGCCGAUGACGACCCGAUGGCCGUGUUGGACUCCAAGUUCCGUGUCAGAGGCGUUGACGGCCUUCGUGUUGUGGACGCAUCCAUCUUCCCCAAGAUUCCCGGAAUGUACAUCGUCGCUGCCAUCUACCAAGCAAGCGAGAAGGCUGCUGAUGUUAUCAUCGAGGCUGCGAAAACGAGUGCAUAA